AUGGCGGAAACCAACCCGAAUCCUUCAGCGGUCGACCCGCGCAGCGGCUUCUGCAGCUCCACCUCCACUUUCCACAGCAAGCGCUCGCCGAUCCCCCUCCCCUCCACUGACUUCAUUGACGUCGCCACAUUCAUCUCUUCCUGCCCGCACCGCGGCUGCACCGCCUUCAUCGACGCCGCCACCGGCCGCCGCCUCACCUACCCGGAUCUCUGGCGCGCCGUCGACGCCGUCUCUGACGCCCUCGCCUCCGAUUUCGGCGUCCGCAAGGGCCACGUUGUCCUCCUCCUCACCCCCAACUCGAUCUACUUCCCGGUCGUCUGCCUCGCCGUCAUGUCCCUCGGCGCCGUCGUCACCACCACCAACCCCCUCAACACCGCCGCCGAGAUCGCCAAGCAGAUCGGCGACUCCAAACCGGUCCUCGCCUUCGCAAUCCCUGAGCUCCUCCCCAAAAUCGCCGGUUUAAGCCUCCCGGUCGUCAUCCUCGGCCCCAAUUCUCACGCUCCGAGUCAUCCAAACCCUGGAAAAUUGAAAAUCGCCGCCUCAAUCGAGGAAUUGAUGAAGAGAGAGCCCAGUCAAACCCGAGUCAAGGAACGAGUCCAUGUGAACGACGCGGCGGCGAUCCUGUACUCCUCCGGCACGACCGGCGCCAGCAAGGGCGUGAUCUCCACGCACAGGAACCUGAUCGCGACGGUCCAGACGGUCGUGAACCGGUUCAAAUUGGAAGAAGGCAGACAGACGUUCAUAUGCACGGUGCCAAUGUUCCACAUCUACGGGCUGGUGGCGUUCGCCACCGGCCUGAUAGCCGCCGGCUCGACCGUCGUCAUCCUCUCGAAGUUCGAGAUGGAUGAGAUGCUGAUGGCGAUCCAGAGAUUCUCGGCCUCCUACCUGCCUCUGGUACCGCCGAUCCUGGUGGCGAUGGUCAACAACGCCGAGGCGAUAAGGAAAAAGUACGAUUUGAGCAGCCUGCAGUCGGUGCUAUCGGGCGGCGCGCCGUUGAGCAAGGAGGUGAUCGAGGGUUUCUCGGCCAGGUACCCGAACGUGACGAUUCUACAGGGGUACGGACUCACUGAGUCAACAGGGAUCGGGGCGUCGACGGACUCGCUAGAGGAGAGCAGGAGGUACGGGACGGCUGGGACGCUGUCGCCGAGCAUGGAGGCGAGGAUCGUGGACCCGGACAGCGGUGAGUUGCUGCCGGUGAACCGGACGGGUGAGCUUUGGCUGAGGGGCCCAUCCAUAAUGAAAGGUUACUUAAGCAAUGAAGAGGCCACAGCCUCAACCCUGGACUCAAAUGGUUGGUUGAAAACCGGAGACUUAUGCUACAUCGAUGACGAUGGAUUCAUCUUUGUUGUCGACAGGUUGAAGGAGCUCAUCAAGUACAAGGGUUAUCAGGUUGCUCCUGCAGAAUUGGAGGCUUUGUUGCUCACCCACCCGGAAAUAGCUGAUGCUGCUGUCAUACCAUUUCCGGAUGCGGAGGUUGGGCAGUUUCCAAUGGCUUAUGUGGUUCGCAAAAAAGGGAGUACGUUACCAGAGAGUCAUGUGAGGGAUUUCAUUGCUAAACAGGUGGCUCCUUACAAGAGAGUUAGACGAGUCGCAUUCGUGGGCUCCAUACCCAAGAACCCCUCGGGCAAAAUACUUAGAAAGGACCUUAUCAAGCUUGCAGUCUCUAAACUAUGA